UGAAGGCUCUUCGCGCGCUGGCAGCACCGCAACAGAAGCUGUGUGACGAGCUCCGACCUCUGCACGCGGACUGAUCCCGGACCGGCCCCGCUCCCGGUGCGGGUUUAUGUUUGAGGAAAGGCGCGCCGACUGAAGCGGCAGCCGCAGGACGAGGAGGAGGAGGGAGGAGGAAGACCUACAAGCGGUUUACAGGAGCUGGAGGUUGGGGGACGGCGGCAGGAUGCUGUGGCCGCUGCUCUGUCUGCUUCCUCUGGUCGGCAGCAGCAGGAUCGUCGCCCAGGAAGUUGGUCUGAAAGCCAGACACGUCCACGCAGAGGAGGCAGUUGCCGUGACGACAAGGCCUCACAUCUACUACUGUCGUUCCCCCAACAUGGAGGACUUUACAUGUUGGUGGAAUCCCCUGGACAACCUGACAGGUGACGAGGUCACCUACGUCCUCACCUACUCCAAAGAUAAGGGGCCCAAACACGAGUGUCCAGACUACGUGACUGGCGGCCCCAACAGCUGCCACUUUGACAGCAGCCACACGUCCAUCUGGACGAUCUACUGUAUGAACGUGACGGCCAUCACCGCCCACAGGAACCACUCGUCCCAGGAACACUGCCUGGACGUGGCAGAGAUCGUUGAAACCGAGGCUCCGGUUAACCUGACCUACAAGCUGACGGACCCCGGCGGUGAUGAGAUGGGCCACAAUGCACUGCUGUCCUGGAAGUACCCGGCCCCCGAGCACCUGCUGUACGGCUGGAUCACCCUGGAGUACGAGCUGCAGUACAGGCGUGUUACCGAGCCCGACAACUGGAAGGUGAAGCAUCCUCUGCGUGAAGUGCGCGUGGAGCUGCUGGGCCUGAGAGUCGGCGACUACGUGGUCCGAGUCCGCUGCCGCUCGCACAACUACGGCCUGUGGAGCAAGUGGAGCUCCACGCUGUUGAUGAGCAUCCCCGGCAAGCCGCCCACUGGUAAAGUCCUGGUUCUGAUUCUGGUGGCAGGAGUUGGUGUCGUAGCUCUGCUGGCCAUCACCUUCGGUGUCAUUCCUCACAGCAAGAGAAUAAAGGACUACUUCCUGCCCCCCAUCCCGAAACCACGGAUCCUCGGCAUCGACCCACUGCUCCUGAAGAAAGGGAAUUUUGAAGAAAUCAACCGUCACUUCAGCAACUUCCACAGUUAUCGCCCCCCCAGCUACUCAGAGGAGGUCUGGGACCAUCUGACCUCUGACGACAUCUAUCUCACCACACCAAAGGACUACAGCAUCCCAGCUGACGUCACAGACGGGGAGAGAGGCGCCCUAAAGGUUUCCGGCCACCUGAAGCCUGUGGCGGCCCAGCACCCGUUCCCCGCUCCCAACCCGGCGUCUUACGUCCAGAGUGUGCCGCCGUACUGCAGCCUGCCUCCUGAAGUCUUCACCCCACUGCUGGAUGCGCCGACCCCAUGGCUGAGGCCGGAGAUCGUGGUGGUGCCCGGGACGGACUACAGCAUGAUGGAGCAUCCCGGCCACGCCAGCGCCAUCCCUCCUCCUGACUCCACCCAUUUCACUGCCAGCCACUCGCCACAGGAUUUCUACACCUGCGUCCACCUGAUGAAUGAGAGUGGCGAGGUGCACCUGGUGCCCUGCCUGCCGCCCGCAUACUGCCGGGAGUUCCCGCCUUUCCGCAGCGUUGCGUCGUCGGAGGAGGAGGAGGAGAAGAAGAAGCUGGCUGAAUACCAGGCCUGGAAGAGCACCAUGAAAGACGGCGGCGUGUCGGAGAGGAGUGAAGCGGGCGUUCCUCUGCUGCCCGUUUCUGUCGACAACACAGGCUGAGGGAUGGAACAGAGCCACAACAUGGAGACUGUUGCCCUGGGCAACACCUCAAUCUGCUGUAAAAUGCUGGUUUGACCCAAAACUUUGCCCCUGUUCUGUUCCUACGUCUGCAAGAUGCCGGCCUGCAGAGACCACGUUCGCUUGCCCGAUAGUCUCAUCUGGCAGUGAUGCCUCGGUCUCUAGACCACCAUCUUGUUUCUCUGUCUUAUAUUAGUUUUGGAUCUCAUCUUCUCUGGUUUUGGGAAACUGGUCUCUCUCAGAUCCAGUUUCAAAAACAUCAGAGACGAGCGCCCUGUCCAGAAGAAGCUGAACCUCCCAAUCCAUUCCUCCUGGUUUCUGGGUAAUGAAGUCCAUGAAACCUGGAGGACAAGCAGAGAUUCUCAUUCAGGGUUCAUCCAUCUCAGGAAAAAGGAAAGUGUAAUGGCUACAGCUGCUCUCAGUGUUUCCUUAUUGGAGGUCCACCAUAAGCUUCACACGGAAGACAAGGCUCAUUGUAACCCAGAUCAAACCAGUUUUAAUGAGCUAAUCUUCAGGAUCCACUCCUUCAUGAUCCGUGUGCUGGUUCCUACAUGUGUGAUUAUCCUGAACAUGAUAGGAAUCAAAUUCCAUCUGAUGAUCUGUCUCUGACAUUUAGAGCAUUUCCCUCAGGAAAGCUUCCAGCUACUGUCUCAGAGUAUUUCUGCUUUCUUUUAUCUUAUAAAUACAAAUAUGUCUGUUUAUUUUCCAGAGGAGAGUUUUAUCCCAGAGCAGGGCGAAGCUAGCGCCUCUCUGGCCAUCACACGCAAAGUAAAUCUAUUUUUAUUACAGAUCCUUGCAGUUCAGCACAACAAAAACUCUAAAAAGAAUAGAAAUAUUUGUAGAAAUGAUGACGGAUUUCGGGUACGAUCUCUUUCUGUAGUGGAAGGAGAACAUUUUUAGGCCUCAUUCGGGGCUGAGAGACUUUAGGCCAAACCAGCAGGUGGAGCUGUUUUCCCCUGAGGUGUGUAGGAGCCGGAUGGGCAGAAUAACGAAGAGAAAGCUGGUGUUUCUGCUCCUGGCUGCUCUUUGGUGCUGGAUGAUGUUCAAGGCUUCGCUGCAGCUGCCAGACCACGCUGGCAGUCAUCAAGAUAAGAUGGCAGCUCCUUCCUGAUCUGGAGGUGUAGCAACCACACGCUGAAGGAGCUGCUUAGAGCCGCUACAGCAGGAUGCAUCGGGUGGGUGGUGUCCAUGAUGGACACUUGGCUAACAUCCGUCUGUCUGCCGGGCUGCUGAUGGAGUCCAGGAGCAGCCCAGGACAGAUCCAGCUCUCUUGACCAGUUUAAGUUUCUUCCUGUCUCGUUGCUGCUCCCUCCCCAGCACACGAGGGCAUCAAGUGUCCAGAGCACAGCUCCAUGUACACCGAAGGACCUCAGCCUUCUCAGCAGGUGGAGGCGACUCCUUUAAGACGUCUGUGUUUGUCCAGGCCAGGUUAAAACAAAACAAAAAGAGCGUCUGCUGGUCUAAAGCCAGAUGUGGUCCAGCUGCAUGCGUUGCCAGAUAGUGCCAAACGUUGCCCCGCACCAAAGAGCCACCGGUGGCUGGUUUAUGUGGCUCGUCUGCCUGGGGGGAGGGGUGAAGGUGCUAAUCCAGAACGAGCCAGACAGACUUGACAGAAGUGGAACACUAUCAUCGUCGUCGUGGUAACGCUCUCCUCCCCCUCCCACACGUGGAACUCAUCCAGCAGCGAUGUGAUGUCAUCACUGCUGACUUCCUCUCGGUGAUGUUGUUUAACGUUGUCUCUUCUUCGUGCCUUUUCUCUCGUGGUGGUGUUCGUUCCUCCCCGUGUAGUGAUGUGUUCAUGUCCUCCGAGCCGCCGGAGCUCGGCCUGUCAGAUGAAAGCACUUUGGAUUUGAUGCAAUAAAGACAGAAAGGCUCCCGGGUUCAUUGUUUAAUGUCAGAUAUCUGAGAAAGUCAAGGAAAGAGGUGCUCCAGAAAUAAAAACUGUGCCAACUCAUGCAACAAGUAGUGAAAGCUCAGGAAGUUAGGAAGCUUCCGUCUCAUUGGUCAGGUUAAAUAAAGCUAAACGAUCCUGGAAGGAGACUCAUACCUUAGACCAGGGGUCUGCAGCCUUUCCAGUCCAAAGAGCCAUUUUCCCCUCAGCCAGCUACAGAAAACUCCUUUAGAGACGCAGAUGUUACCAGACCUUUGGAACAAGACAUCUUAGAUGUUUUGAUAAAUGUCUGCUACAGGACAUUUGUUAUUCUUGAAUAACCACAUUUUUAUUUCUAUUUUUAGGUUUGAAAUAAAGAAAAACAGGAUAGACAGACUUUGUACUAUGGGAUGUAGAUAUUUGUGGGAAAUGAUGUAAAUAAAAAGAUGAAAAGAAAUAUU